GUUUUGUCAACUGCAAAAAGCCAUUAAAUGAUAAAGUUAUGGAAGUAACAAUGGGAGAUGAUUAUGAAGAAUUAGGACAAGUACGGAAAAUAAUAGAUUUCAUUGUACAUGAAAAACAUACAGGUGCUAAGCUUGCAAACGAUAUUGCUUUAGGCAAAGUAGAUAGACCAAUGAGGCUCGGUGAUAACCUUCAGAGGAUCAUUUUAAUGAAGACACCGCCUUCUUAUGAAUCCGCUUAUGUUGCUGGAUGGGGCGCAAUAAAUGAUAAGGAAGAACCCAGCAAUUACCUGAAGCACAUGCGCCAACAUUUGGUAAACAUCGAGGAAUGUCAUAAAGUAUUUGGCCCCAAUCGUAUUGCUGAAGGGACCUUCUGUAUGGAAGACGAAAACAGUCGGGCAUUUCAAGGAGACACCGGCGCAGCACUCGUGGUUAACAACUAUAUUCAGAUCGGCCUUGUCUCCUGGGGUCACAUGAAAAAAUCGUACAGCAAGAUAAUUUACACCAAUAUUAGUUACCACUUCGAUUGGAUAAACGAGACUGCUAGAAAUCUAUAUUGUAGGAAUAGUUAGAAUGGUGUUCACUAAUAA